CCAUCCUACACCGGCGAUGUUUGGGACAAGCCACUGGCUGUGCGAAGAACUACAUUGAGAUUGUCUACUAGAGGGAACCUCAGGCCUCAAUGUUUAUCGCUCAACAAACCCGUCAUUACAAUGAAUGGGUCGCCGAGGGUCAUCGGUGGCUUUCUGGAAGGUCCGGAUCUUGCCGCCCGUUCCUUGUGAAUUAAUUGGUUACUGGCCAUACGCAUGGCCUGCGAGCUGAGAGCCACCCUGUCUGGGUAUAUAAGACGACGUGUACCGAUCGUUUUUAAGCUCGAAACCAACCACUCGAAGGUGAUGGCAUCUAUCGUGGUCGUCGAUGAUCGUGACGCCUCCAUACAGUACAAUGGGAACUGGGGGACCGGUGGAAUCUACCCUGAGUACGAGAACACUACUUUCAGUUCAACUCAGAAUGGAGACACCGCGACGUUUGCAUUCACAGGCACAUGGGUCUCGGUAUACGGAACUACAGGGUGGACUAGCACCAACGGGGUGCCUACGACUCAGUUCACCGUCGACGGAGGGUCGCCAGUUUCGUUUACAGCGCCAAAUGUUACUGGCUGGCCCUUGUAUCAUUAUCAGAUGUUCGCAUCCGAUGCUUUGAAUGAUACGACGCAUACACUGGUUAUCGAGAACACGAGCCCAAGCUGCCCGUGCACGGCGUGGUUGGAUUUCAUUGAAUACAUGCCGUCACAACCCAGUACAGCAUCCAAGUCAGCAAGCUCAUCAUCAUCUCCGUCGCCAUCCGCGGCAUCACCCUCUGGGACCACAAACCAUAGGUCUACAGUCGCACUUGCAGCCGGUAUCGGAGGUGGGCUUGGUGGAGCUGCCCUGCUUAUCACGUUAGCCUUGCUAUUUUUCUAUUACCGCAACUACCGCAGGGAAAGGCAUCAAAGACUACAAUUAGCCGAUGAAAUGGCGGCUCGUGGUUACCAACCGAUAAGUACGCAGUAUCAAACAUCUGAAUUUUCUAGCACCUCAGCUGGACGUCUGCGAACAACGAUCGAACGCGUGCCACGAUGAGAAGGCUAAUACGGCAAAAUAUGAACAUUUUGUCAACUACAAUUUGUUUAUUUAUCUCUUCUUCCUAUCGUGUAUAUCGAUUCAACGCACCCAACUAUAUGCUGUCUCUAAUACAGCUUACUUUGUAUAUAGAAGUACGGAUAGAACGUACAGUGGGUACACAAAUCUUGACCUUGGUUUUGCGCUAAUAAAGGCUUUCACUGACACC